AUGGAGGUACUUCAGAACAUGCAACGAAUGGACAGGAGGAUUAUGGAAAUUAGAAAUUUACGAAAAUUAGUGGACCAUAAACUAAGUAUUGACUUCAAGGAAGACGUAGGAAAUUAUAUGAACGCUCUACUGAAUUUGCACGCUUUAGAAAAAAAAAAAAUUUCAAAAUUUUUGGCUAGCUCGGAAGAAGAGCCCCGAAGUUGCGGAAAUAAAAAGGGAAGAAGGAGGUCGAGAAAUAGCGUCUCGUCUAAUAUGAGCACAAGAGGAAAGAACAACGAAAAUGAUAAUAGCAAAUCGAACGGUAACGGAAGAAGUGGAGGAAGCGGAGGAAGUGGAGGAAGUGGAGGAAGUGGAGGAAGUGGAGGAAGUGGAGGAAGCGGAGGAAGCGGAGGAAGCGGAGGAAGAGGGGGCAGAGGAGGGAAUGGAGGAAACGAUGGUGAUCGUGACAGUGAUGAUGAAGAUAUGAAAAAUCCCCAAAUCAACAAUGGUACGGGUAAGGAUAAGCACAAGAAGACGAAAAAGAAGAAAGAUGAAAUUGAAUCCGCAAUGGGAGAAGAAUCAGAAGAGGAUGGAAUGUUAGAACAAGUGAACGAACUAACUGAAGAUACACGUGAUGAUUCAAGAGAAAUGAUUCAAAAACAAAAUCUGAAAGUACAGAAAUCUGUAGGAGAUGUACAGUUAAAUGAGAUCCAAAAAAUGAUGCAAAUACAAGAAAAGGAAGAAGAGGUACAGGAAAAGAAUGCAAGUAUAGACGAAGAUAACGAUAUAAUUAAUAUGAUUAAUGACAAUGCAUCGUCCAUUCAGGAAUACACUUUUGAUGAUUCUCAUAUUAAAGCAUGUCUGUCUGAUAAAAAUUUAGGAAUUCAAAGGUUAUCAACAGAGGAUGCUCAAAAAAUUGGAAAGAAAAUUGUUAGUAAUCCAUUUACAGAUAGUAGUUAUGAAGGAGAUAUGGAAGAGCCAUGUAUGAAUGUGCAUGAGGAUAGUGCCAAAGAGAAUGGUAAUGAUGGAGAGUACUCCUUCCCUAUGUUGAGGAAAUACAAAACAGAGGCCAUUAACAAAUGUAUUCAGAGACAACAAACAAAGAUAAAGCUAAAUAAUGUGCUGAAGGAACUAAAAUUUAAAAGUACACAGAAUAUAGAAUAUCCAUAUAGGAAUAAACUGAACGGGAGCGAUAUGCUUGAAGGAAAUGAGAACGACAAUUUGGAUGAUAUGGAAAAAUUCAAGAAAAAUUUCUAUGAGAAUAAUAGCGAGGAGAUUAACCAUAAGAACAAUUCGAACAAGAAUUACACAGACUUUGUGAAACAUUAUGUAACUCAUGUUGAUAACUUUUACAAAGAUGUAGCAAAAAAAACUAAAAUGGAAAAAAUGAUGAAUACACCACAAUCUCAGUCCUUUGGAUUAACUGGUCUUUAUAAAAAUGCUGGUAAUUCAUCUUACGGAUAUAAUAGUUUCGAAUUUAACAAAUCCGUAUCUUCUACUAUGGACGAUGACGGCGAGAAAAGGGAAGUAGAUGAUUGUAAUUUUAUGAAUUACAUGAACUGUUCAGGAGAAAAGCAAAUUAAUAAAUACUUCAAUGAAAACAUAAAUUGCCUAACUCAACCUUUGACAGAAAUGAAAAAGUUCAUCCCAACACACUUGGGUUAUUAUAAUAAAUUUAAUUAUUCCAAAGCCUUAGAAUCGAUUAAGAAUUACGAUUGUACAAAUGUGAAUGGGUAUAUCGAAAAUUAUGACUGUGUUCAGAAUGCUAGACAUUUUGUGCAGGAUAGUUCCUGUAUGGGGAAAGUAGCGAGUGUACAGAAGCAGGUGACAUUGGAAAAUUUGAAGAAGCAGGUGACAUUGGAAAAUUUGAAGAAGCAGGUGACGUUGGAAAAUUUGAAGAAGCAGAUGACAUUGGAAAAUAUGAAGAAACAUGUGACAUUGGAAAAUAUGAAGAAACAUGUAACGUUGGAAAAUAUGAAGAAGCAUAUCAACUUGGAAAAUGUGAAGAAGCAUAUAAACUUGGAAAACGUGGCGAAGCGCAUUAAUAUCAAAAACGUAACAAAACAGAUAAGCUUAGAGCAGCUGAAGCAGAAUUUAAAAGAAGAAGGUGUAAUGAAUGCACAAUGUUUCGAUGAGAAUUAUGAUAUAUUGGGAGAAGCUUACAGAAAUUAUAUACGUAAAUAUAUAGAAGAUAUAAAGAAAUCGAUACGUGAACAAGGGGUAUAUUACAUUGAGAAUUCAAAUUGUAAUACAGAAUUAAUGAACAACGGUUUAAUACGAUUAGCAGCAAACAAUGUCCGAAAUUUAAAAAAUGUAUACGUAAAGAAUAAGAACAAAUUAAUUUUAAAUAAUCGUAAAAAAUACAUAGCAUUUAAUCAUAAGAAAUAUGUUAACUUCUUAAACGCAUGUUACAAAAAAAAGGUUCAGUCCGUGAAAAAAAAAAUUGAGGUGAAUAAAGAAUUUCUGAACAAUUAUUUCAAUGCAUGCACAAUUGAUUAUAACAAUAAUAGAUAUAUGGGAUCCAAUGAGCUAUCGAAAAAAUCUUCCCUUUUCGAUUAUGGAAAUAUAGAAGUUAAUUCAUUAGAACAUACCAAUUCGUUUAACAUAGCUGAUAUGUACCAACCAUCGUUAUUUAAGACAUCUGGUUCUUCAUCAACUGUGCAAAGAGAAAGUAGCAAUACCAGUUCCGAAAAAAUGAAAAGUUCAGAUAACAGCUGCUCACAGAGUCAAAAUGAAUGCAAUGAUGAUGAUAAUGAGGAAGAAGAAAUAGACAUUUCAUGUUUUAAAAAUAAAGAAAACAACAGAUUGAAGCACUUGAAAGGUAUCCUGCCAGACAGUGGAGGAAUCGAAAGUGACAUUAUUUAUGAUCAAGAGAAAAAUAUUUUUUUCGAUUUAAACGACAAUGCAUAUGUACAUGUUAAGGGAAAUUUAUACUUUAAUGCCAAAGACAAAUUAUUCUAUGAAAUUGAAUACACAGAUGACUUUUCAUAUGAAAAUAUCAAAAAUGGUUUAGUGCAAUUAUCCCAUUUCUUGGUGACAGAAAAACGUGCUCCUUGCAAAAUCAUUAUGCGUCUCUGUGCUCAGUUUAAUGAAUUUAUGAACAGCUUAUUAGGAAUACGAAACUAUAACGUCUUUUAUGGGGACGAAGAAAAUAUAGUCGAGAUUAUCAUCAAGUGA